UUUGUUUUUUAAUAUAUUAUAUAGCUUAUAUGUGAUAUAAAUAAUUAAAAUUGUUUAUUCGUUUGAGCGAUUUAUUCAAAAUUCUCACACAUUAUUAAAGUUACACUUAUAUAUUCACAUUCACAUAAAAGAAAUAAAACUAUUUUUAUAUCAAUUUAUAAUAGUAUCAUAAAAACUUUUUUUAUUAAUAAGGUUUUAACCUUUUCUCAAUUUUUUAAUAAAUUUUUUAAUAAAUUUUUAACUUUUUUUUUUAAAUUAAAAAAUUUGCAAAAAAAAAAAAAAAAAAAAAAAUGGAUUCAAACAACUUUUUUACACCUGUAAAGAAUCUGUACACACAAAUGAAAGGUAAUAUAAAUUUCCCUCAAACAAAUAGCAACAAUAAAACAAGUAAUAAUAAAAAAACAAAUAAUGCAGUGGAUGAUGAUUUAUAUGAUAAUAUUCACAAAACAAAUAAUUAUGAAGAAAAUAAACAAAUAAACAAAAAUAAAUCCAAAUCAACCAAAAGCAAUCACAAUAAUGAAUAUGACCAAAAUAGUUUAAAACCAAUGAGAAAUAAACAGGAUAAUAUAAAUGAUAAAAACCAAAAACAGAUAACAGAUGAUUCAAAUAAUGAUUAUGUUCCAUUACAAACCAAAAGUAAAACAAGAAACACAAAUAAUAGUGGUAACACCAAUGGUAAUAAUAGCAACUCAUAUAAUUUUAAUAAUCAAAAUUUUAUCAAUAAAAACUUAUUUGAAGAGGAAGGAAUAAAUUAUAAUACAUAUGAUGAUAAUAGUUAUAAAAAUGGAUCAACUUUUUAUACAAACAGCAACAAGAAUAAUAGUUCAACAUCAACAACACAUUUCAAUGGUAAUGGUAAUUACAAAAAUAAACCAUUACCCACACCAUCAUUUAAUAAUAAAAAUAACGAUAUGAACAGUAUUAAUAACAAUAAUAAUAAUCAUAAUAGUAAUUAUUAUAAUAAUAAUCUUGGCUAUUCCAACAGUGUCACUUUAAACGAUUACAAUUAUAAUGACACAGAUGACAACUAUGCAAAUAAUGGUGAUGUGUUUGAUGAUUUAAGUCUUGGUGAUAGUAAUAGCAGUGUUAAAAGUAAUAUAUCAAGCAAAAAGGGUGACCAUAAAAAAAAUAAUUCAAAUGAUUCUUUAUUGGAUGAAAAAUUGUUUUCAGAGUUUUCAGAUUUUGUAGAAAUCAAAGAUAAAAAUGUUUCACCCAUUUGUGGUCAAUAUUAUAUUCCAUUUUAUCAAUCAUCUGAAAUGUGUAGCAAUGAAGCAAGAAAAUGGUUAGAAGAAAGAUGGUUUUUACCUGCAAAUUUUAAAGAUAUUCAAUGGAGUUCACCAUCAAGAUUUUAUUUCCCAGUAUAUGUUUUUUCGAUGACUACGACAGUAUUUUAUGUAGCCACAUUUACAGUUAAUGAUUUCUCAAAUACAACACCGCAACAAAAGUUAACGAGUAGCCACGAGGAGGUAGUAUUUUGUGCAUCAACUUCAUUUGAUUCUUCAUUGGUAGACCAAUUGGUUAAAGAGGGCAGUUAUUCAAAUAGAUCUACUCAUUUAUUACCACCAAUUGAAGAGUUAUUAAAAUACUCACCAAAUCAAACCAGAUUGCCUGAAAAAGUUUUAUCUGUUGAUAUUUCAAAAGAGGAGAUAACAGAAAAAUUUGUAAAACCAUACAUCGAAAAAUUAGAAAAAAAGAAAUGUUUAAAGGAGGUUCAAGAAAAGAAUGGUGUAAAAAAUGUAGAUUUACAAAUUAAUAAACUUUUAAUCGAUAGUGAAGAGUAUUCAAUUGUUUUCCUUCCAAUUAACUCCUUAACUUAUCAAUAUGGUGAUAAAUUAUACGAAACUCUUACAAGUGGUAAAAAAAGUAAAACUGUUGGCUUUAGACCCAUUGGCACAGGUUCGGUUGGCGGAGCAAUUUAUGACAUGGUUUCCAAGGUUUCCACAACUGUCAAAGAAAGUAUUUAAAAAAAAAAAACUUUUUUUUUUUUUGUAUAUAAUUAUGUAUAUAUUUCAAAUUAGCAAUCAAAAUUUUUCAAAUAAUAAUAAUUUUAUUAUUUUUAUUUCGCAAUUUUUAAAAAAAACAGUCCAAACUACAAAAUAAAUAUUUAUUUAACUUAUUUUUCUCU